CUUGGAGUGAGAGCAUCCUCUUCGGCGCCAGCGACCAGGCUGGUUGGAGAGGUACCGGAUGCGAAGUGUUCGUUAUAUUAUCGAAAUGUGCCACAUAUGGAACCUGGCAUGGCAGAUCCGGGGUUCCCCCAAAGCCCCACUGGAGGAAAUACAGCCACUGCUAGCAUGCCCGGCAUACCGGGCAUCCGUUUUGAUCCCAUCUACUUUCGUUCUAUUCCUGGGAUACUGAAGUGUGUUCAGAUGGUGUUGAACAUAGUGGGCUAUAUCUGCGUGAUGUCCUCCAUACAAUCCAAUGCCUACACGGCCAGCUGGUUCUCCUUCGUGUCCAUGACUGGCUUUUGGGUGACUGGGAUCCUGCUUGUGCUUUACCUAAUGCAUGUCCUUGAGAAGUUCCACAUGGUGCCGUGGGUGUUGCUGGAAUUGGGGUACUGUGCUUUGUGGACAUUCUUCUACUUCACGGCUUCCACAGCCUGUGCUUCCUGGGGCGGUUACUACCCGGCCUGGGCCGCCGCCGCCUUUUUCGGAUACGCAGCCAUGAUUGCAUACGGAGUGGAUGCUUUCUUUAAGUUCAAGGCCUGGCGAAGCGGCGGAAUGGCCCAGGGCGACCCACAGAUGCGAGCGGGAGGCCCUGAAAUGCAGUCGCCAGAUGCUUACUAAGAUAUUUACUUUAAUAGAUGCUUGUGUUCCAUCUUUGUUAGCUGAAUGAUGGUUGUUAAGACUAAAGACCAAUAAAGAGAUAUGUGAAAAAAAACGUAUGUGAAUACUGACGAGGGCGAGGUUGAUGAUUUGCUGACAAUAUUCAUAAUAAUGCUGAUAUGAAUGGUGGUGAUAAUGUUGAUAACAAAAUUGAUAAUAAUAACACGAUAGAGGCAAUAAAAAUGAGAUUCCA